AUGUGGUCCGAAAACUGUGAUGUUCAUGACAAGGAACCGACCGGAAAAGUUGGUAAAUUUGACUCCGUGGGUCGAAACGCCGCUGUACACUCCGAAUUGGCAGAAGCUGUUACUUAUUGGAUGGAAGAAUCGGACCACUAUGAUCACAAUUCAGACCAAUGUGAGCCACCGCAUCAAUGCGACAGUUACAAGCAGGUAGUUCAAUCAGACACGAAUUACGUCGGAUGUGGCUAUACCAGAUGUCCGGGCUAUGAAUAUCCAGCAAACAUGUUGAUUGCCUGUUUCUACUCACCCGCGGUGAGAAGUGGUCAACCGUACACUGACGGAACGAACGGAAGAUGCAAAAUUCCGAAUAAGAUGGAGGGUUCGAGGAAGUAGAAGGAGGAAGUGGAAGAGAAGUGAAGC